UAUACAUUAGCAGCAGGGAUUUUUACUCUAGGUUUCUUUCAAGGUCUAAACUCAGCUCUUCCCUCAGCAUGUGGACCGCCUUCAUAAUGUAUGAAUCAAAGCCAUGGACAGAGUACUCUCACAUUCUCUCCUCACCUCAGCUGUCUCCUUGCCACUGUCAGAAAUAAAUCUCUCUCUUCUCUAUGGCUGACUGCUACACUGUGCUUGUGUUCCUUCUGGCUUCUGGAGAUGCCACCCCUCUUUAGCCUAAAAGUCGUCUCUGAGCGGAAGCUCCCUAUCAUCAGCAUCCUAUCCUCUCUGUACCAGCCCUUUAUGGCCUCUGCCGUCUAACAUUCCCUUGCAGUGAGAUAUUUUGCUCUUGAUGUUUUCCCAGACUAUUGUCAGAGGUCACCAGAAAUCUCUUAGUCACCACACUUGGGGUGUUUAUAAUAGGCCUCAUCCCCAUGUUUCUCUGCAGUACUUUCCACCAGAGGUGGACCACUCCCCACCCAGGUUCUUGCCUUUCCUUUACCUCCCCCCAUUCUAUCCCCCACUCAAUGUUGAUAAGUUUCUUUAUUACUCUUGUGUCUUUUCUGUGUUGUUUAAUGAUUCAUUUGUAGCUUCCCCCCCGCUCUUAUUUCACUCAAUAGUCCCAUCCACUCCUGGUGGCUUCAGCUAUGUAAUUACAGAGGACCUCCUCUCCCUGUCUAGCCCUUUCCUGCAUAGGGUCUCCAUUGAUCACUAAACAUUUCUACUCAGAUGUACUGGCGUGAACACCUUGAACUCACUGUGUCCAAAAUGAAUUUUUUCUUUUAUGAAGCCAGUUUCUAUGCCUCUUUGCUGGCAUUCUGGAACAUUGCAGUUACAUUGAUACCUACCACAUGACAGUUACUCUGCAAAUAGGACCUGAAGAGAUGAAUGAAUUCUUCCAGUAACCCAAGCUGGAAUUCUGAGACUUGACUUUGACUUUAUCUUCUCUGUGGCUGACCACAUCCAGUCUGGCUGCCAAACCAUGUCAGUUCUAUGUCUGGUGUAUCUCUUGUAUUCCUUCAUUUCCACUACUGUCCCUUGGAUAUCGCAGUGGACUUCUUGCUGGUCUUUAUUUCUCCAUACCUUUCCCUUCCUUGCUAAUCUUUUUCUAUGUGUUGCUACUAGAGCAACCCUGAGUCACAGGCCUGAUGAUGAUGAUGAUGACGAUGGUGAUGGUGAUAAUUGGUAUUUACUGAACACUUAUUGUGGGCCUGCCUCACUAUUUCUAUGUGCUUAUAUGCAUUUUCUUAUUAAAUCCAUGUAACAGCCUGUGAGGUAGAUACUGUAAUUAUCCAUAUUUUGUAAGUAAAACCAAGGACCAGAGAAUUAAGCAUCUUCUCGAGAUCAUACAGCUAAAUGACAGAAUUGGAAUUUUAUUCCAAGCUGUUUAAUUCCAGAGUCUAAGCUGUAACUACUAUGCCGUUCUCCCUCUUGCAAAAACGUCUUCACACCAUUCAUUACAAACACAACUGGAGUACCUUUCAGUUUUACAUUCGGUACCUUGUGUGAGCUGACCACAUCUCUUGUUACUCACUCACUUUUGUUUUUUCUGUGCCAAACUGAAUUCUUCAGUGACCUAUAUAUUCACACUCCUCCCUGUAAUUUUAUUCAUUCUCUUUUUUCCUGCCUGGAAUGCUAUGUUCACCUUCUGCCUCUUCAUCUAAAUCCAGUUCAAAUGGCUUAUUUUUCACUGGGUUGCCUGAUACUGAUCUCCCCCUGACAGCAUGUUCUCUGAACUGCUCUUAUGACAUUUAUCACUUUUACUUUUUAUCAUAAUUACCGUAUUUUACGUUUUGUCUCCCCUAUUAGCCUGCAAUCUUCUUUUAAAAAAUUUUUAAUUUAAAUUCAAUUUAAUUAACAUGUACUGUAUUAUUAGUUGCAGCGGUAGAAUUCAGUGUGUCAUCAGUUGCAUAUAAUGCCCAGUGCUCAUUACUUCAAAACCCUCCUUAAUGCCCAUCACCCUGUUACCCCACCCACCCACAGCAACCCUGUUUUUCCCCCAUAGUUAAGAACCUCUUUUGGUUUGCCUCCGUCUCUAUUUCCCUCUUAUUUUAUUUUUCCUUCCCUUCCCCUGUGUCCAUUGUUUUGUUUCUUAAAUUCCACAUAUGAGUGAGAUCAUAUGGUAUUUGUCUUUCUCUGAUUGACUUAUUUCCCUUAGCAUAAUACUCUCUAGCUCCAACCACAUCAUUGCAAAUAGCAAGAUUUUAUUCUCUUCCUGUGUUUUGGUAAUUGCGGACAUUGCUGCUAUAAACAUUGGGGUGCAUAUUAGCCUUCAGUCUUCUUAGUUGCAGCAUAGCCACAAUGGACACAGCUAGCCAUAGCCUUGUCCUUCUGCAGCAGCUGAACAUGCAGCGAGAAUUUGGUUUUCUGUGUGAUUGCACAGUUGCCAUUGGAGAUGUUUACUUCAAAGCCCACAGAGCAGUGCUUGCUGCUUUUUCUAACUAUUUCAAGAUGAUAUUUAUUCACCAAACAAGUGAAUGCAUAAAAAUACAACCAACUGACAUCCAGCCCGACAUAUUCAGCUAUUUGUUGCACAUUAUGUACACGGGGAAAGGGCCAAAACAGAUUGUGGAUCACGGUCGUUUGGAGGAAGGGAUUCGAUUUCUUCACGCCGACUACCUUUCUCACAUUGCAACAGAAAUGAAUCAAGUGUUCUCACCAGAGACUGUGCAGUCCUCAAAUUUGUAUGGCAUUCAGAUCUCAACGACCCAAAAAACAGCUGUCAAACCAGGGCUGGAGGUCAAAGAAGCUCCUUCCAACAACAGUGGCAACAGAGCUGCUGUCCAGGGUGACCACCCCCAGUUGCAGCUCUCUCUUGCUAUUGGGCUGGAUGAUGGCACUACAGAGCAGCAGAGGGCCCAUCCUGCCACCCAGGCCUUGGAGGAGCACCAGAAGCCCCCAGUGUCCAUCAAGCAGGAGAGAUGUGACCCAGAAUCUGUGAUCUCCCAGAGCCACGCCUCACCCUCAUCAGAGGGGACAGGUCCCACUUUCACCGAAAGCAGUAUCAAAGUACACUUAUGCCAUUACUGUGGGGAACGUUUUGAUUCCCGAGGUAACCUAAGGCAACAUCUCCAUACCCAUGUGUCUGGAUCCCUCCCAUUUGGUGUCCCUGCUUCCAUUCUGGAAAGCAAUGACCUUGGUGAAGUGCAUCCACUUAAUGAAAAUAGUGAGGCUCUCGAAUGCCGCAGGCUCAGCUCCUUCAUUGUCAAGGAGAAUGAGCAGGAGCCUGACCACUCAAACCAGGGGGCCACAGAGCCCCUGCAGAUCAGUCAAGUGUCUUUGAUCUCCAAAGACACAGAGCCAGUAGAAUUAAACUGUAAUUUUUCUUUUUCAAGGAAAAGAAAAAUCAGCUGUUCCAUUUGUGGUCAUAAAUUUCUCCGAAAAAGCCAAUUGCUAGAACACAUGUAUACGCACAAAGGUAAAUCGUACAGAUAUAACCGAUGCCAAAGGUUUGGCAAUGCGUUGGCCCAGAGGUUUCAGCCAUAUUGUGACAGCUGGUCUGAUGUCCCCCUGAAAAGUUCUCGCUUGUCACAAGAACAGUUAGAUUCAUCUUGUGCCUUAGAGUCAGAGCUCCCACAAGAAAAUGUGGACACUAUCCUUGUGGAGUAGCAGUUUCUCCUUCACGAUUUUUAUAUCCAUUCUGAAAAAGAAAAUUCACAUACAUUUUUAUUCAUAAAUUAUUUUCCUCCUCAACUUCUUUUAACUUUUUUCCUUACCAUUGAUCCACAGUUUUAAGGUUGUAUAUAUUAGGUCUUCUUAUUGUAAGAUACAUAUGGCUAUUAAAAGGUAACCUUCAAGUAGAGUUAUGAACAAUCAUAAAUCACAGUUCAGAAAUCAGAAGUCAAUGUAGGAACUGUGGAACUUUAGAGUUAAUAUUUAUAGAAUUUUUAAGUUGUAGAAUCAGUAAAACCAAAUUGAAAAUGAAGUAAAUGAAAUAUUUUUUAAAGAAUAUUCUAGACUAUCAGUUUUGGCUAAUUUUUCACAUGAAUAUGCCACUAUGAAGACUAUUUAAAAAUAUUUUUGGCCAUAUAGGAAGUUAACGUUAUUUUAAUGCAUAACUAUAUGUUAUAAUGUAUACAGAUUUUGUUUUAAGGCAUAGUUAUAAUAAAAGUAGCUUUAAAAUCACUUUUUACUUAUUAGCUCUGCAGCAUCUUACAUGGCUUUUUAAAUUUUUUUUACAUUGAACAUACCUCAUUUUUAAUAAAAAAUAUUCUAGUGAAAAGAGAGGAAGGCAGAGGAUUCAGACAUUAGAACAAAGUCCUACAGAGAGAAAUAGGAAGAUACAUAGAUAGAUAAAUGUAGAGACAAAUUCAGAUAGAACUACACUAACACCCAGUGUUGUUACCUUAAUCUAGAGCAUUCUUAUAGACCGUAAGAAUAAUUUGAGAUUUUUUUUUUAUGACCAGAGAUUUACAUCAGUGUUAAAGAGGAAAAUGAUAAAAUAUAAAUUACCUUUCUACUCUCAAUGUCCGAGGAUUCUCUAGGCUGCCCGAGUUGAUGUUAAUUUUCUAGGUAUCACUUGAAAAAGUUGUUUUUUCAAUGACACAGUUUUCAUUUUUUCCUAAUCCAUAAAACUAGCAGUGGAUAGAGUCAGUGUCCUAGAACUAUGUCUGAAAUCCAUGAUAGCUUUUCCUUUGUGAAUAAACGUAGGUCCCUUUUAUAGCAGUGAAACUUAAAAAGCUAUAACCUCAGAAAAAUUAAAACUGAUGGACUAAACGAUAGAUUCUCCUGCUUUCUGUGGCUGGGAGUAGCUGGUCAAACUUCUCCACAAAGGAUAGAUCUAAACUGUUUCUUACAUUUAAAUUUAAAAGAUUAGAUAAUCCAGAAUAACAAAAGAGAGAAGCUUUGAAACAGCCUCAUCUUUUGGGUAUGCUGCCCCGUUCAAAGCCUCAUAGAUAUGUUAAUAGAUCUGGUUUGUGAGGCUUAGAAAUUAAGUAUAUGCAGAAACUCUGAGCUCCUUUAUGAUGGCAUCCUUCUGAGGACAUCUCCUGACAGUGUCACGGUUUAGUCAGAAGGGAGCUCGAAGACUAAGCUAGCUCAUUCAAAGGGCACAAAGGUUUUCUGUGGGUAAACAGUAAGGUUCUUAGGUCAAUUAUGAAAUGAUAAGUUUUUCUUGAAAGCUGAAUGAAGAAACCAGUGGGCAUUGUUUAAGGUAGUUGAGUUUCUGCCUCAGACAAACGACUAAGGCUUCCUGGGGUCAAGACUGAGAUGUGUUGCUGCCCAUACAGGAUCAGUUAUACUGGGAGUGGUUAAAAACAAAUGUGUUGCUCCUUGGGGUCAGAACUUCAUCUGAUCUUUAGUCGUUCAAGCAAUUUAUUCAAAUUUACACUUCCCUCAACAAUUCUGUCUCAUAAGAUGAACACAAAUAUUAACAUUGAUUUCAUGUAUUUUAGACUAUAUAUUCCCUAGCCUUCUUCAAGUAAAAUUUUACUUUUCUCAGGAAAACAAUUUUUCUGAUUUCUUUCUACUCUGCUCUUUACUUCUUGCCCAGUCGUUGGUCAUUAACAGAAGAAAUGUAUAGCUAAAGGGUGGAUUUAGGGUAUGUAUGAGUUGAGGAGUAGAGCAGCAGUGUAGGGCAGGGUCUGGAGAAAUUCUAAGAGUUUUGCUAUGGCUGAUUAGCCAUGGCAGACAACAUUCAUUCAAAGCUGAAAUAUAUCUCCAUUUGUUGGGUGUUAAGAACAUAAUGGUUAACUGUAUUUUUGUUCUCAUUCAUAUAGUUCCUUUUGAUAUUAGAAAUUCAAAGCAAAUGUUCUUUUUUUUUUUUUUAAAGAUUUUAUUUAUUUGUCAGAGAGAGAGGGAGAGAGAGCAAGCACAGGCAGACAGAAUGGCAGGCAGAGGCAGAGGGAGAAGCAGGCUCCUGCCGAG